GACACCUUUAAAAAUUGCAAAAAAUACACAAGAAAUUGGAAUAAAAUAAUAUACAUAAACAAGAUAAAGAAAGGAAUAUGUGCUACCUAAUGGUGGUGUCAACGUAGAAAACUGCAGACACCGGUUCUAAUCUGGCUUCCAAAGUUUAACCUCCGUAGGGUGUGUUGUUUGUUUCUUAUGUUUUCCGUAUAUGUGGCCCAUAUCAAUUAUUAAUAUUUUAGAAUGUCUCUUGAAAGUUAGGAGAUAUUAGCUUGGCCUAUUAGAAACCAUAAUGAAGUGAAAAUGAUACAGAGACAAUGCAAUAAAACAUAAGGAAUGUGAAACUGUGAAUUUAAAGACUGAUUUUAGCUAUUAAGUAAACUUUUAGUCUAUAUGGUUUGUAGUUAUAAGAGAUCUAUACAUAUAACAUUUAACCUCGUGUAUACCAAUAAGAUAGUUAACAUAAAUUGCUACAAACAUUGAGUCAAUGCUACAAUAACGCAAAUAUUUCCAGAAGUAUCCGUUGUAUUUGCACCUCAGCGCAGACAACACCAUGGGCGCGCUGCGUGGGCGCACAUUCUUCGCCGAAAAUAUUUUCUUUUCUCGCAAGUUUCGAUAUAUUCACUGUGUCGACUUCUGACUCACAUUCUAAUUUUAGAUCGUAGCUGUGUGCCCUAAUUGUGGCUCGGGCCCAACUCCUUUGAACUUCUUUCUAAUGUUAAACUUCUUCAUUGAGUUUAUGGGUUGUAAAUCAAAUGCAAGGUUGUCAAAAUCUAAUUUAAACGCAUAACUUAUAUAAAAAAAAAUUUCGUUAAGUACAAGCGUUAAUCAAAGAUUGUUUUAUUCCUUACGAUAAUUACAGGAAACCAACCAACAGUUACAUUAUUUUCUUCGUCAGUAGAUACCAUAAUUACGGGCAGGUAUUCAUAAUUAUAUCUACCUUCGAUCAUCAUUAUCAGAUUAAUUAAUCAGGCAAGUCAAAUUAUAAUGUGUGUUAUGUUUCUUAUGUUUUUUUUUAAUUUCAUUAUAAUUUUGUGUUAACUCUAAUUUUACAGCGCAUUGGCUAAUAUAUAAUUGAGGAGUAUCUUUUCAAAAGGACUUAUGUAUUUCUAUAAGUCAACAAGGGUUAUUUCUCUAGGAAGACAUAGAUAAAAGUAACCUUUGUUGACUUAUAGAAAUAAGUCCUUUUGAAAAGACACUCCUCAAUUUUAUUAUAGGCUGUAAUGCUGUAAAGUUUAUCUAAGCAUAAAUAAAUUAGGUAUGAAUAAUCUAUAUCAAUGAUAACAUUGAAGAAUAUUGCAUGGACAUCAAACAUUAAUAGUAGAUUUGUUGAUAAAUGAUUAUCCAAAUUAUAGCAUUAAUCGAACAUCGGUGACUGAUUUAAAUCCUAUAAGGUAUGAUCUAAAUAGAGUUAAAUUAAUAAUAACAAUAAAAGACAGAUUUUUUUUUCUAUCUGCCUAUCUAUUUAUCUAAUAAAAAAAAUGUUUCUCCGUAUAAUAUUUUGAAAUAUACCUAACUUUAAAAUAAUAAAGUUCAGGUUUUCAUUUAUAAGACAGGCAUGGUAGGUAUAUCAUAACAAGCCGGAGAUCAGCUGAUCGACAGCACACGAUGACCUUGAUAUUGACAGUAAGCUAGAUUGUAAAUGUCGAGCGUAUGACAAAAAAAUAUCCGUAUACACGCGCAGGUAGAUUUUGGCCGGGCGCCGAAAACACGAAACAGGGUUGCAGUGAAAUUUGAGCGGAGUUUCUCUGUUUGGGCGGGCGGGCCGCGCGCCACGUGACCGCGGGUUAAAUAUAGAACGCAGCGCUCGCGCAGCGUGGCCAUGCCAAUGCCGCACCGCCGGCAUCUCUUAGCAACGAUUACGCGAACCUUAUUAGAGAAACCAUUCUAUACUUAGAUAUUACGAUGCUCGCUCACAUUACAUUCAUUAUGUUACCAUUCACAAAUUUCAAUGUUCAUACUCAAACAUUAUGUCACCUUUGUGAAUCCUUCCCAUCAAAUGCAAUAGACAAUGUUAGAAUUUUGCGGCCGUUCGAAUUGUUCGGCAAAGUAAGAGUUGCAUAAGAAGCCGUACAUAAGAAAAUGGGUGGCUGGGGGGCAAUCAAGUUUUCGUACACGUGAGUGGUGAGAUGAAAGUGGGAAUAUCUUAAAUCUUAAACACAUGCACCAUGAUUUGAGAUAUCCUUACAGUGUGGGGUUAUCUAAUCACUAUCUGUGUCGUUUCCGGAUCAAUAAGAUGAACCAUGAGGGGCCCCAUGUUGCCGGAAGAUGACCCCAGCGCAGACGAGCUGGUGCCGAUCCCCGUGCAGAUAUUCCUGUGGACACAGUCGUCGCCAUUCGUACGGCCGAGGCUUGGGAAGGUCCAUGAUGCUGCGUGUAUGUUUUGCCAACGAGCACAAGGCCAUCACGAGCUAAAGGAGGCUUGCAAGUCUUUCGAGAAGGUCCUGGUCCAGAAUCUUCGUUUUGGCCUAUCCAUAAGUCUCUCGCAGGCGAUAGAAGCAAUCCCGCGAUGGCGCUUUGUGCAGGCUUCUCUGCCACACGUUAUGCACUCGUUAGCUGCUGUACUUCACAACAGGGUAAAAGACAAUAUGUCCAGUCUCGGCAAUGUGGAAACAAAACUUCUAUACACAUUGCACUGGAUCAUACUUGAUGCAUCUGAUGAAUGCUGCCAGGCUGAUUAUGAGGCUGGCAUUUUUCACACAAACCCUUUCCACUACCUUUUCUCCAUUCCUAUCAUGACGCUAUUUGUUUUUCUAUUUGCUCCAAUUGCUGGUAACUUAAAAGAGUCAGAUUUCACAAAUAACUUCCGUUUGGAGAAUGGCCUGAAGAUAUGGCAAGGUUUUUGGGAGUACAGACACCCUGAUGCCCCCUGUUUCACCACACUUGUGAAGCCCAAACCCAAACCUUUAGGAAGUAAGGUUACUAAAAGGCCACAACAUGGAGAUGUAUUUUUAGGGCGUAAACCUUCAAAAGAGGAUGGUGGAACAUUAAAUGGCAGCCCACCAAGUCAAACCGUAUCUAUGUCCCAAUCAGAGGUUCCAUCUAAGCAAGGUAGUACCGAGGAUGAGCCAUGGCUUUCAUCGCCAAAAGACACCAUUUUCCCAGAAACUAUACCGGAAGAAAGCUCAAGUACUGAAGAAGAACAUGUGUUUAUCUAUCGUCUUCCGAGCGAGGUGUGCAGUGGGGCCGUUAAAGAAGCGUAUACAGUUUAUUCUGCUGAUCCCAGUCUCUUCCAAGUUCGCAAGGCUGAUGGAACUAAACAGCAACUACCGGGAAUCAAGCCACUGCCGCAGGUCACAAAGAUGAGCUCAUCAGACAAAGAGUCUCUGUCGGACAGCGGAUCCGCUUCGAAGCCUAAACCAACCCCGAGUCCCGUGGACAAACCAUGUUCAGCCAAGCAGGCACAUGUAUCAUCGGCUACUUUCCUAGACGUUGCCACACUCCGGUGCCUAUUUACCACGCAGUGGACGGAGGAUGGCAUCCACUGGGCCCUGCACUACCUUUAUAACAGAUUACGUGACAUAUGCGAUGACCUAUCUAAACAAACACAACCAAGAAGAAGAAGUAAUUCACUACCCAUCCCCAAAAUAGAAGUUUCCAUAUAUCAAAGCCCCGAAAUGAAGAGAGAUUCUCUAAAAAACUUCAUGGAAGUCCCCGAUUUGAAAGAGUCUCCAGUCACAGAAAUAUCAUACCCCGCGUCUCCCAAACUUGAGGAGGAACCCCUGACGAGAAGGGCGAGCGAAAAAGUUAAAAGGAAAAUGAAAAUGGCCGAUCUCAAAGCUUUUGUAGAAACGAAAAUGUUCUCGAAAUCGGAAAAGGCAUUAGAGAAAAUUGGACAUGAUGAUCACAAGUUCAGUUUUCAUACUGCCGUAAGAUUGCUAUCUGAGUAUCAUAGAAGUUUGGAUAAUAAUGAAGAUAGACCGAAUUCUGCUUUAGGAACUCAUUUCCCGGCGAUAGCCCCUCGACUUACCGGAGACCUCCUGCCCUGUAAUCUGAUCAAAGGAAAAAGUAUGCCUAGUCUUAGCUGUCUGAUAGACGAGCUAGCCUCCAAUGGAUACAUUGGAGAGAUAAAGACGGAGCGAGCGCAUGGGUUUGCGGGCGCGAUGCCCACGAAUAUGCAAAAGAAGAAGAACCCGAUUAUAACCGUCACGGAGCACACGCCCACGCCGUCACCGGACUAUCUUUCCAAAACUCAACAGGGCUCGCUAGAAUCGCAAAUGGAUUCCGUCAGCAUGGUCGGCUCACAACACAUGGCGACGCCGGAGCGAAAGCCAAGCCUGACCCGUUCCCAGACUGACUCCAACAUCACAUACGUGGUUGAAGAGGUGCAGGACGCGCCAGGCUCUAUACACUACAUUACUAAAGACGGGGAUAUCGACUUCCAAGUUGUGUUGAAGGCUGUUUACUCAGUAUGUGUGAUGGACAGCUACUACAUAUCGAUUCGAGUGAUGGAAGUGAUACUGAAUCUAGUAGACACACUAAUGGAACUCGGGGUCCAUAAAAACUGGAACAGUACCAAUGUUGAAGACAACCAACCGGGCAGUGUCGACCCCUUGACGGAGUUUAUGAAGGAUAAAGAUAACAAGGGCAGAGACUCCGGGCUACCUUGUGCACAAAGUCAAGAUUCAACCAACGUGGAAACUGGCGACAGUACCAGGGAAAAGAGAGAGGAGGAGGACCUAGACUGCCCAUAUUAUAUGUUACUGCAUAUCAUUCUCAGGUUACUUCGCCAGCUAGGCUGUUCCCACGGCUGUGCCACAGCUCUCCGCUGCCCCAUAGCCGACACCCUGCGCAUCCAGGCCAAGAAGUCCCUUCGGCAACUCAGAACAGCGUCUGUCUCCAAGUUUACGCUUAGACUGAAAGAGAUGACCAAGUUUGCCCCUAUCAAAGAGGUGUUGGACAAUCUACAUUCUACGAUUGGAUUUUGCGCCGAUCCGUCAAUGAUGGUGUCACCAAUGAAUCAACAGAAGCGCAACAUGUCAAAGUCACCAGACAUGAGCCACUUACAGACCGGGUACGCGACUAACUUCGGAGCAGGGCAAGGGCCCAACGCAAACCGCGCCGUUGAGACCUUCGUCGUCGAGUCUACCUUCCGGGUACUGGUCACCAGGUUCGCCGCGAUGCACAAGGAGCUCAAGAUGCUGGAUAAUGCGAAUCUGUACAUGCAAGUGCGACUCCUACUGAGCUACGUCCACGAAGUCCACGGCGGGGAGUUCAGAGUGGUGGCUCUGGGCGGGCUGCUCGACACCGCGGAGCGCCCGGACAGCCAGCCCAAGGAGGCCAACAUGCAAACUACCCGCGUCAUAAGGCAUAUACCUCGCAGUCAAGACGACGAGCGCGGCUCCGACACUGGGGCAGACUCGGGUUGUGCCGCAGAUGACAGAAGCCAUAAGAAGUUCACCUUCAAGAAGAGGAGCACUUCAUCCACGGGGGCACAUAGUCUACUGGAAACCGAGGGUGGCUCCGAGUCAGCAAGUCAAUCACCUCUUUCGGUCCGCACGCGACGCUACCCGUUGACGCCCCGGCAGUCUGAACGCACUAUACCAUCCACGUCGUCGGCUGAUAUGACGCCCCAUCACAAGAUAUCGCACUCCAAGUCCGUGCCCUCCAAGUUCCACUUCAGCGGAUUAGUGAACUGGUUCCGCCACAAGCCGCAGUCAGCGUCCCUGCUUCGCAACGGCGGCGGCUCCGGCGAGUCUCUGCCCAUCUCGGGCAGCAUGAUCUCGCUGGCACGCCCCAACCUCGCCGCGCAGCCGCUGCCCAGCCGCCCCGUGCACGUCAAGCGACGUGUUGGCUACACGCUCAAUAGAGCUCGCAAACGGGUGGAAGACAGAUUGAACAGAUUUGGUCUAAGAAAGAUGGGGAAGAAAAGAGACGGCAGUAUCGAGGAAACGAGUGGCGGAUAUAUGUCCCGCCGCGGCUCGGCCGAGGGCGGGUCGGGCGGCGGCGAAUCAGAAGUGGUGGUGCUGAAACGAAGACGACUGGUAGCUGCAGCGCCUUUGUAUGCUGGAUUGGCGCGGUUCAGCUUUCUACUUGACGCUACUCAGCCCGGUGCCACACCUGACGCGCUGUUCAUGGCUGCACUGUUGGAUUUGCCUAACACGGUGGUGGUCGGUAGAGCCGCGAUGUUACUGGAGUGUGCACAUUUGGUCUACAACUGCAACAAAGGCCAGUGGCCCUAUUGGUUGAAGUCCAACAUGUCUAAAGCAACUGUGACUACGAGUCCGCACCUGAAAAGGCAACGUUUAGCUGCAAAGCUAUUUUAUCAAUGGGCCGAAGCUAUAGGAAACCGAUUGGAAGAGAUGUUGAUCGAAGACAAAAAGUACAUAGACAACGUGGUUAACGUCGUUACUGAUCCAGACGGACAGCGCGACCUGCUGCAGCAAGAUGAAGAGGAAGACUUCCUGGAUGAAGCGAGCCUGCGGUUCGCGGGCGGGCCGCUGGGCGCGGCGUGCCCGCGCGCGCUGCGACUGGUGGCGUGCGUGCUGCUGGGCGAGAUCACGGCGUUCCUGCGCGAGUCCUACCAGAACCUGCCCAAGUCCUGCCGCGCCUCGCUCAAGGAGCGCGGGCCCUGGGACCGCGUCUAUAGGGAAGCCAACCGGCGCUGGAGCAUGGCGCUGUCGUCCAUGGGCCACUCGCAGGCGUCCGCGCAGAGCCUGCAGUCCAUAGCCGGCGCGGAGCCUGAGCGCAAGAUCUCUUUCGUCAUCCACGAGCCUGAGAAUGUCUCCGGCGGGAGCAAUGUUACGUUAGCAGACGCGAUCCCACCAACUCCCGUAGAUGACAAGAAGGGGCGUCUAGGGUCGCGCGGUAAGGCAUGCCUGCACCGCCGCAGCACGCAGCAGCAUCAGGCCUACGGCUCUUUCAAGCGACGCUCCAUCAAGCUACGACAGAAGGACGCGAGAGAAGUCGACGAAUUUGUUAAUCGGCGCUCUGAAUCGAUACAAAGCAGGCGAAAGGUAUCGUCCCUUUCUGACAGGAGUGACACGUCUGAAAUAUAUCCCCCUGCAGGGGGCACUGUAAAUAUGCCAAACGAGGUGGACAGUGGAGGGGAGGAGAGCCCCGGGGUGCUGUCGGACGACCACGACCACCCGCCCGACAGCCCGGAUAGCAACUCCACCGAUCCUCCUGAUAAUAAUAAGGGUUUCCCUUGGCUGAAGGUUAUGGUAAAGUUCCUGAACUCGUUCAACUACGUAUGCUGCCACCAGAAUUUCUGCCACCCGUACUGCUUCCGUCGCAACAUGCGCGCCAGCGCACGCCUCAUGAAGUCCGUCCAGAAGAUAUAUGGGGAGAAGUUUGGACCUGAAGUAAAUGCUACGAAUAACGAAGAUGGAGUUGGUGGAGCGCGCCGAGGGCGCCGAACGCGCAAGUCUUCGGAACACGUCACUGACAGGAUCGAUAGGUCCGUAAUCGAAAGUGCGGGACUGGCAUACCACGCAGCUGGCGUAGAAGCGGCGGCGGCGGCCAAGCCCGCUGAACCCACCACCUCGCCCACAUCUGCGGUCUACCCACCGGCCGAGCCGCCCGCUAUACUCAAGUACCUCAAAGGGCAGGUCCGCGAUGCAUACCACGCGCCUCUGGCCACGCUGAUCAAAGGCGCCUGUACCAUGGACGAGCAACUAUUCGCGGAGAGCGCCGCAGUGGCGUGGCAGUUACUGCUAGAACCGGACCGGGAGCUGAGCGCCUGCGCGGCGUCUUUCAUACUUGCCGCUGUGAAGGCACCCCUCACAGCCUCUGAGAUCAUGCAUAAUGACUUGAAGCACACCGACCCCGCAGUCAGAAUCAAAGCGAUCCUAAAAUUCCAAGUAAUGUGGAAGCUCCGCUACCAAGUAUGGCCUCGCAUGGAGGAGGGCGCCUCGGUGACAUUCAAAGUGCCUCCUCCGGGCAUCGAGUUCACUCUGCCCUCUCCCAAGAUCGGCAUCGAGUCCCUGCCCGUCGUCGACCCGCCGUGGACGCCGCAGGUCAAGGACAAGGAUAUGGAGAUGACCUUGAACCAGGAGCGGCAUCGAUCGCUAGUAACAGCAACCAAGACCCGCAAGAAGCAGCAAACGGAAGCAAUUAAGCGCGCAUUACAGCAACGAAACGAUAAGAAGCGCGCGGAGCGGGAGAGCUUCCUUAUAACCACCAUACCCAUCACCAGGCAGGCGGCGCGAGAGCCUGCACUCGACCACGCCGCCGACGAUCACAUUGAACCACCAGCCGAUGAGGAGAUCUCAGAAGGCGUCCGCGGCUCACACCAUACACAGGUGGCAUCAGCCCUGUUCCCAUCCGCGCUAUGCUCGGCUGUAGCCGAGAUAGUUUCGCUGUUAGACGAUGCGGCGGUCUCUGCUGAGGGUUGCUCAGUCUACGAAGUUGCCUAUCAGGUUAUAUGGGGCUGCUUAGUAGAAGACUCAGCCCUAUUCCUCCGCCACGUGCUCGAGCGUCUGACGCGCGACCACCAAGACGAGAUGUUCAAGUUGCUUCGACACCUCAUUCGCUUCAUACCGCGGUUGCCGCAACAGGCUGCGUUCGCACUAUACAACUACAUCAUUGGCUAUGUCAUGUUCUAUAUACGCUCGCCGCAUGAGGAGGGACAGAGGCUUAUUGGAGCUGCCCUUUCUAUUCUUUGGAUGGUUGUCCAUAGCGUUCACGGAAUAAUGUUUAAAGAUCUAAAGCAAAUUUUACGGAAAGAGCAAUGUGACGCAUCUAUUUUGCUUACUGCCAACGUGCCUGCAGCUAAGAAGAUUAUUGUACACGGACCAGCUGACAAUGAGGGUUGCAUUCCAUCACAAUUCCCAAUUCAAGAAGACACUCAAUUUGGCCAAAUAUUGAAGGAAUCGCUAGAUUUCUUUGGGAUACCAGAACACCUGCACACUGAACACUUCCUGGUUGAUUUUAAAACUCGUCAAAUCCAUAACCCGCAGUCGUACGUGCGCGACUGGUACUUCUUCAAACGCUCGCAGUACCCGCAACUAGGGCUAGUCCACAUGGCUCCGGACGUCGCCUUCGAUAAGCUGCAGCAGCAGGAGUUGCUUUCCAAGUUCGUGGAGAUCGGCAAGGUGCUGCUCACCUGGGCUAUCUUGAAGAAUGUCGACAUGGUGGUCCAACGCGUGGUGUUCCUCCACGACGAACUGAUGAAGCUGCCAGCUUUCCCUCGCAAAGCGCUCGAAGCUGACCUGCAACUAUACAGCAGAGGGGCGCUCGGGUCCACACUCCUCGGCUUAGACGUACUUCACAAGUUUAUGUGGGUCCGCCUCAUAGCGCGCAUGUUCGAAGCCAUGGCGGGAAACUUCACGUCGUCCCGUGACAUCCAUCUAUUCCUCAAUGUUCUGAACGGUGCACUCAUGUUGCACAGCGAGGAUUCACUUAUCCUCAGAUAUGUCAUUGCCACAUACGUUAACGCUGCGUUCAAUUUUAAGAACAUCUUCUCUACUAAUGGGUACCUUCUCAUCAUGCCAACACUUCUUCAGAUCUAUUCGAAUUAUCAAACGAACAAGCUAGUGACAACAACGAUAGAGUACGCCGUGAAACAGUUUUAUCUACUGAACAGGAAGCCGUUCAUUCUGCAGAUGUUUGGCUCCGUGUCGGCCAUAUUGGAUACUGAUGAGGAAUCAGCUUAUGGUGAUGCCAGUAAGGUACAAUCAAGCUGCCUCUUCAACCUGCUGCUAAGCCUAGAGACACCUUCACCCGACCCACUUCACAUCGCCGAACUAAUCAAAGAGGAAAAGCCACUCAAACCCAUCGACUUCUGCUAUCGGGAUGAGGACGAGAUGGUCAAUGUGCUCGACUGCAUUAGCUUAUGCGUCAUGGUCGUAUCAUACUCUUCUGAGAGUAUGCGGGGUUAUCAAAUGCUUAUAAUUCUGGAAGCGAUAUUGCCGUGCUACGUGAAACAGAUUCAAUUGCCAACAUACAAUAGAGAAGGAAAGACUGAGAAAGAGAUCAUACAACAACUGGCGAUAGCUAUCAAAACUCUUGUCAACAACUGUGAAGGAUUGUCAAAGUCAUACAAUGGCCCCUACCGCACGUCACCCGAACAUAAAGGCUCAUCUCAGCGGGGGGUUCGCACCGCGCCCACCUCUCAGUUUAAAGGCCUCGACGGACUCGACGAGGAGUCGCAUUCGCGCUACGUUAGCGACCACUCGCGCGCUCAGCCUGUGCCGGAGUAUACCGGCGCUGAAGACUCAGAGUUAAUACGGGCAGAAUAUCGUCGUCCGCGAGAUGUUUUGCUGUCUCUAGUGGGAGACUUCAUCGGACGCGCUACAACACGACUUCUUGACCUCAACGGAUCCAAGGGCAGCGGUGGCAGCGAGGGCAAACCGGUAGAGCUGCUCGACUGCAAGUCACAUGCGCGGCUGGCAGAGAUCGCGCACUCGCUACUGAAGGUGUCACCAUAUGAUCCUGAGUCCAUGGGCUGCCGCGGUCUGCACCGCUAUAUGACUCAGGUUCUACCGGCAGCGGAUUGGGCCGAUGAUGCUUUGCGUCCUGCUCUUAUUAUGAUCAUAAGGCGCCUGGAUAAGGUCUUCCUUAAGAUCGCUAAGAAACCUAGCAUUAGGCGAAACACUGACUGGGACUCUGCAGCGGUGCUGCUCAAAGGCGUAUACGAAACUAUGAUACGGUGUCCGUACGUCAUGCAUUGGCAGCAAGUUAAAACUUUACUAAACACUGUUCAGGCUCUAAUAGUAUCAGAGAACAACAGCGGCGAGAACUUAUCGUCCGCCACAGCGGCGCUGAUGUCGCAGCCGCCGCCGCCGCACUUCUGCAGCACCGUCGUGCGGCUUAUAGCGCUUCAAGUCAUCAAUACUGGGGACAGCUACUCAUUGGAGCAAAUGUGCGGAGGCAGCGCCAUUUUCCAGUCGGCGGAGAAGACAGAAAACAUGCUGAUGAAUCUAUUUAUGCCUCUUUGUUUGAGAGUUGGAAGCGGGCGGAAAGACGUCCCACCGCUGCGUCAGUCGGACGUGUCCUACAUCGUAUCAGUAGUACUGAGCGCGCUCUGCCCGCCCGCCGCUCCGGGCCAACUGGCCGCAGUCAACGCCAAGCUCAAUGCGGCCGAAGCUCGCGCUAACUCGCUCACCUUUACUGGCAGCCGGGAUACGCGCAACACCACCAAGCUAUCGCACCAGCUCUACAAGAUUGCCUUUCUAGCCCUGAAGGUGCUGUGCGCAUGUUUCACGUCCGAGCUGUGCUCAGAGUGGGGCCGGAUCGCACGCGCCAUGCGCGACUUGGGCCGCCGGAACGAAGCCGCGGCACACCUGUGGGACUUUCUAGAACAUGUCGUCACCUACCGCACGCCGCUGUUUGUGCUACUGCUGCCAUUCAUUGUACACAAGCUAUCUCAGCCGCCCAUUGGUGACAACGAGCGGCACAUGCAGUUCGUGGUCCGCGAGCGCGUCCGCGGGCUAAAACUACCCGCGGCACGAGCACGUGGCGCGCUUCUGGCAGAGCUGGCGAGAGAUCUACGCACGCUACGUGACAAGCACGACCACUGCAAGUUCGAACAAAUAGCGGAGAACAUAAGCGCGGGCGGCAAGCGCGCGUCGGAAGUGUUCGGGCGCUCGGGCGACAAGGCGGCGCAGCACCGGCCCUCGCUCAUCUCCAUGCUGGUGGGCCGCUCCGGCCUGCCGCGGACCCCGGACCACCCCUCAGCACCGCUCUCUGCUCCCAGAGCGACUUUUUUGUUUGAUUGUAUUUCAGAAUCGGUGUCGAGCAGUUCUACGACGAGUCAACACUUGGUCGGCUUCGACCUACCGGGAACGCGCACUGAUAACGGCAACAGUCAUUCCAACAUAGGGUCGUCGACGUACGGCAGUGAUACCAAGACGGGCAGCACGCCAUCUUAUAGUACUACUCAGACUAAGCUGCGCUUCGUCUCUUCCGUCGAGUUUAAACUCACCACCGGUGAGACCUCCCAAACUCCGCUUUCCCCGCUGUCACCCGGCGAGUGGUCUGGCGACCGUAAUGGCGACAAUGACGACGACCGGCCGCGGCUGCAGCGCGCACACGGGCCUUCCAAGAAAACCUUCAAGUUCCGACGCAGCCGACAUACCAAGCCUGAGCAACAGAACUCGCGCCUGGAAUCCGAUGAAUGCUCGUCCCCGGGCCCCGAGAGCACGCCGGCGCGGCGCGCCUGGCCGCCACUGCUGGCGCCCACGGCCAUCAAUACUGACACCUCGUACGACAGCGAGAUCUCGCAGACAUCCUCCACCUCGGGAUACAGAGAGAGCUACAGCCUGCAGGCGUCGAUGACGGAGUCGCCGGGCGGGUCCGCGCGCGCGGCGCUGGCGUCGCCCGAGCCGCCGUCGCAGCGCACGGCCACGCCCACGGCCAGCCCCGACGCAUCUAUAAGCGAGUCGGGCACAUCGUCCGCCGAGCGCACGGCGCUGCUUGGCGCGGCCAGCCAGCGAUCGCUUCUGCUCAGCAGCGAGCUACGCGACGAAGACACGCUGCUGUAAUCACAUCACCUAAGGACUGAAACUCGGGAAUGCUAAUCAUCAGUUAAAAUUCUAAUGCUAAAUAAUGUCAGUAGUAAAGAUAGGCUCGUUCAUACAAUGUCGAGCAAAUAUGCGCACAAUAAACGCCCUUUGCACACAGGUCUACGAAAUGGCCUACGCCGUAUUGGCUUUGACGGUGACAGAUCGGUUAGAAAAUUCUUUGGCCAGCAGAGGACAACUGACUUUAAGGAAACGUUUUAAAGCUCACAACACAAUUGAUUGUAUAUAUCGUACCUAAUAACGACACUGCCGACUAACACACAAUGUAUCUUCAAUGGUAUGAAUUAGAGUAACAAUAAGUUCACAUACAGUUAAAUAGGUAGUUAAUGGUGUCAACCAGUUAUUACAUCCCAUCAACAGGGGCAGGAGAGGGGUCAUGCCAAGUUGACAAUACAUUUUAAAAGAGUCAAGUGCUCAAGUGUUACAUAUGAAAAAAAGGUGACAUGUCCAAAAACUCUAAAUUUGGUGUUAUGUAAUGAAUGGAUGUCUUCUUGACCUUCUGAGACAGUUACUAUUGAAAGUAUAAUUCUAGCAGAACAAAAUUACUAUACACAUACACUAUACAUGUUUAGCAUUUGAAAAGUACUUAAGUAUGUCUCUAAAAUGUUGAAGUAAAUAGAUAGGUAGAUGUUGAUAAUAAUUAGACAUUAGACUGGAACGUUAUUUUUAUUGCGCAUAUGACUAACAUGAUUGUACUGAGUAUGUCUACAUAAUUAAUUGCCAACUGAAGUGUAAAUUUUUAAUAAUAAAACUACCGUAAAAUCGGGUAACUCACGUAAAAUUGUCGAAGAUCGCUCGACAUGUUUCGCUCCGUAACGAGGAUCAUUUACGUGCAGACUGACGUAGUCGGCGUCGGGAUAAUAUGAAGUGCAAAACUUGCACAUAUGCAGAACAAAAAUCAAAAACUAUGCCUAUUAUUUUAUUAAUAGGUGAAUUUGUGAUAUGUGAUGUAGAUAAAAUGUACUUCACCCUUCUUUUAUCCCGGCCAGUAGUUAUAAAAUAAAUACACGAAAUUAUACUUUGCACUAGGUCGGAACUGGUGUUUUUAGGCCGGUAUCAUUAAAAAAAAACCUCGAAACAGACUAAUAUUUUUAAU